AUGUUCCACCGUGGACUUCUCAUGUGGAAGAGUGCCAGCCAGUUUUAUGAACUAUCAUGUGGAAGAGCGCCAGCCAGUUUUAUGAACUAUCAUGUGGAAGAAUGCCGUUCUGAUCUGUGGGUUUGCGACAAACUUCUCAUGUGGAAGAGUGCAGAGGCUGUUCCGCUGGUUGACGCAUUGGAAUAA